AUGUCUGCUACAAGCCCCACGUAUUUUUUCCCGCAGGAUCCGCUGCUGGUUAAGCUGCUGGACGCCGCCAAAGCUGUCCCUGAGUCCCGUGUCAUAAUCCAUGAUUUGUACGGGCUGCAGAAAACCUAUCCCGAGCUGCUUGGAGAUAUCUUGCAUACAAGAAAGCAACUUCAAGCUCUUCUCCCGUCGACAUGCUUCAAUGAAAAAGGGCUCCUUCGGGAUGAGUUUCUAUACCAGGCGGCCUGCACCAAGACUGGAUAUGAGUUUGCCGUGGCCUUCUUCGCCGUUCGCGCUCUAGGGGGAGCAUAUGUACCCUUGGAUGCUUCUGUCGCGCUUGCUCGCAGAGCUGACACGCUCGCCAAGGCCAACGCUGUGUGCAUUCUUGCUGAUCAAGGUAGCGUUGCGGACGUGGAAAACACCAUCGACCAUGUACGCCAGAGCAGCGGUCGAUCGCUGAGUGUCCUGCCCAUUUCCUUCAAUCAAUCUGGAGUAUUGCCUGAUAACGUUGAAAUUGUAAAAAAUACGGAGCUAGACUCUAAUGGACCCGGCUUUGUCGUCUUUACUUCCGGCACCACAGGAUACUCCAAAGGUGUGGUCCUUCGCAGGUACUGCUUUGCAGCUGGGCCACUUGAGAAAGGCGAUAGCGCCGUCGUCAACUACAAUGCGAGUCACUGGCUCGGAGGCACGAAGAACAUUAUUGACGGUCUUUUGACCUGCAAAACUGUUUUUGCGAUCAACACGCCUGCCUCCUCUGCCGAUGUUUUGGACAAGUUCAAAAACUACCAUAUUACACACUUCGUGUUCAACCCUGCCCUCUUACGUGGCAUCAAACAGCUGCUCCUGGGGGAAAGUGGCGAGCUUACCAAGGAGAAGAAAGAAGAGGCCACGAAAUAUUUCGGCGGGAUUACGUAUUUCCUCAGCAUCGGUGGCCUGGUCGAUCAGGAUACAGUCGACUUCUGGACCGAGGUGCUCGGAUGCCCUUUCCAGAACAGGUACGGCUCAACCGAGCUUGGAGGACUACCGACCCUCGGUAUCUCCAAUUUAAAGGGUUCUGUGGGCAAGAUUGCUCCCGGUGUGGAGGUCAAGCUCUCCGAGGGAACCCAUGGCCAGCUGUUUAUCAAAAGUCCCGACAGGUUUCUCUGCUACCUGGGUGACGAGGAGAAGACAAAAGCAGCUUUCGACGAACACGGCUUCUACAAAACUGGCGAUAUUGCUGAACUACAGCACGACGAGCUGAUUUUCCAUGGCCGCGAGCGAGAUGACUAUGUUGUCCAUGACGAGUCCACAAUCUCAGCUGUUGAAGUGGAACGCGCAUUGAUGGCACUUGGGUACUUUGAGGAGGCCACUGUCGUCGCAUUGCCCGUCUCCGAAUCAGUGCAGCUCUGCGGAGCUGUUGUCCGCCCCAAGCCAGCGCACAGAGCAGAAGUGAACAUCGGCCGGGUACGAUCGGACCUCGAAGGUAGACUGGACGAGACCAAGCGUCCCGUGGCGCUGCGGAUCCUCGGUCAACACGAGGAACUGCCGAUGACGGCGACCGGCAAGCCGGUCAAGAGACAAGUCAUUGAGGACUUUUUUUACGAUGACCUGCAUCUGUUCCGUACCAAUCGGAACUGGGAGUGGUGCCGCCGGAGGCUGCUGACGGCUGAGGAGGAGGGUCGACGGCCAGGAUUUGGUGGCGCCGCCAACGGAUCGUCGCCGAACGGGGUGUCAAUAAUAACAUUGGAUCAUCGAGAGGCAGCAGCAGCGAGACGAAGAAGAAAAAGCACCAUGCAUAGUCUUCUGAACUUGGCAGUGCUGGUGGCCGCGGCGGUGUUGUUCUAUACAUGGCGACAGUGGCGACGCCAGCCCACCCCCAUUGAGGACAAGCUUCUGCCGGAAACUGGGAUUGAAAGCUUGAAAGGUCUUUGUAUGAGCCAUGAGCUUCGAACUGAUUUUUUGAAGCUUGUUCGCGACGAUGGUGCGGGGAGCUGGCCACCGCGUGCUCGUCAUCACGACUGGCCUGCUGCUUUGAGCGCCUUCAGCACCGUUUACAAAGAGGUUGCUCCGCAUCUGGCGACCGCGGAGCCGUCCCUUGAUGAUGAUUUCAACAUCAAGAGAUGUGCCGAGUUUCGCGCACGUAUGCGUGCAAGUCUCGAGCAGCACGUUGAUGCGGACGCUACAGCAAGGUGUCUCGAGGCGAUCCUGCGUGGCGAUUACAGCGAACUCAGCCGCGACUCUUUCAACGGUUUCUAUUCAUGCGUAGCUUGCUUGAGACAUGCUUACCGAUGGGCCACCAAUCCGGUCGUUCGAGUAGCCCAAAACGAGAAGUUCCUUGCGUUCCCACCCGAGUUGGACUUGGCGUGGUCAUUUAUACAAAAGCAUCUCGAUAUUACUUCUCCGAGUGGAAACAUUGUGGCGAACAUUAUUUGCAACUUUGACGCUCAAGGCAAACUGGCCUACCGGGUCAACGAAGGCAUGUCCGAUGCUGUACUGCAGACUGAGCUUGCCUGGUGCAGGCUGUUUACCGAUUCUGAGACUUUGGCGACACCAAUGUACUGCAGCAUCAUUCAAGCCAUGAUGAGCUACGGACAGGGCGACAAGAAGGCCGCUCUCGCCUAUACGGAGGCCGUAUUCGAACAUCUUCGGAAGCUCAUUCUUUACCUCUACGAUAAUAUGAAUGAUCCCAAUGUCUCUCGUGCCAUCUGGGUUCGUCACGUAUCGGGAAUCCACAGCUGGGGUCUGACAUCGGACUCUGAGCACGGCCCAAUCGAGUACGGCGGGCUAUCUGGCAGCCAAACGCUCAUAUUCCUCUCCGUGGACGCUUUUCUCGGCAUUGCCUCCUAUCAUUCGGACGAAGAAAUCAAGAUGCACAUUUCCAAGAAUAUGAGAAAUGUCUUUGCAGCCAUGCAGAGGCACUGCUUCCGACCCAGCCUGGCCAAGAGCGGCUCGGUCGAAGAUCUGGCCAUCGUCGAAGUCAUGGAUCGUAUCGUCAAGCAAAUGAGAACUUUUCGCGGCGUCCACAAAGUUCGAGCCGUUCGGUUCCUCUCUGCGCCGGCGCCAGAGAGAGUGCCCAUGACAGCUGCCCUCUCUGUUUUGGAUGACAAGGAGACGGACGAGAAGCAGCAACCAAAAGAAGAAGAUGCGUAUGCCUCGAUCGAUGGACUCUUGACAAAAAGGCUCAAUCAGACUGUUUGA